AUGACAGAGGCAGACCCCAGCAGUCCACAACGCCUCCCGGAAGACGUCAUGUACGUCCUCUUAGGACACAUCGGCGCCACCGCCAGCCCUUCCGCCCUCACCACCUUUCUGCGCGUCUCCCGCUCCUUCCACAGAAGGCUUAUUCCCUUCCUCUACAUAUCACCAACUCUUACUAUGCGGAACGUCUCCGGCUUCUUCCUCGGACUCGCCUCUACCGACAAAAUUGAUGACGAUGAGAGGGAACAAUGGUGGCAAGGAGACCUAGCGGACAAAAAGUCGGCAGUUGCGAGAAGGCUGGCUAUGCUGGGACAUGUGCAGUGCGUCGUCCUUGAGGAUUACUUCACUGCAAUGAUGUGCAAUUCAGCGGUCUCUGGGUUUCUGGCGCAGGAACUUGACAGCCCGCCCAUGGAAUGGUACAGGUACACAUCCAGCAGCGAAGACCACUUUUCUCCCGCCCGUCGCCUCUUCUAUGGCCGCGCUCCCAUCCUCAUCCACCUCUCCCACAACUUUCUGGAACUUUUAGUACUUCCCCAAUUCGAUCACGAGGAUGAACGGGUCCAGACAUUUCAAUCAAUUCUGGGACCGUUUGGGGUGUUGUCGAUCCAACAGCCAAAAGAUUUAUGGGGACGGCGUUGCUUUUACGUGCCAGAUUAUCUGAAACCAAUCUGCCAAAGAGUUAAGCCCCUCGUGCUGGUGAUCAACGACUACGACGAUAUGCACCUCGCCGGAAUACUGUCUCCCGCCCAACGCGGUAUUGCAAUGCGCCUCCGAGGCAGUGUGGACACUCGGUCGAUUGCACAAACUGAUGAAGUUGUGAAGUUCUUGUUACUCACGCUCGAGCCCCUCUUCUACAUCAUAUAUAACUUUUCCAUGGAUGAGGCGAGCUACGACCACUCUAACGGCAAACGAGUCAGUAACUUGAUCCUCAACCGUGCUUUCGCGGCGGCUUCCCAAUCGCCUCAAAAGAGGAUCGUAAGGCUGGAGAUCAUAAUGCAAGGCCCUCAGUCGGAUGCUGCUACGGUGGAGAGGAUGAGGUAUGAUAUAUUUGAGUUGAUGAAGAAAGGUUGA